UAACAAAAGAGAGCAAGGUACAAGAAAAGAAUCCGGCAGCACUUGGAUUUUGACACCAUAAGAUCAAGAAUUGCCAACUGCUCCAUCAUGUCAGUCAAAGAACUCUUCCGAGAUCUGCUUUUGCUUGCAAACAAUGCGCUGGUCUUUUAUUCCAGAAGAACACGUGAAUACAAGUCCGCAUUAUUACUCAGAGAUCAUGUCACAAAAGAAUAUCAGCAGCAUUACAAGGAUUCUGCCAACAAAGCAGCCUCUGUCAUCUUCUCUAUAUCAUCAAUGUGUAACCUUCCUGUGAAACCUCGGAGCAUUCGCCCUUAUAAACGCAAACUGUCAGCACAUGUUCUCAAUGCUGAGAAUGUCACUGCUGGAACUCAACAAGGAUGUAAGAAACCAAGUGUUGCUGAUUCCACUCCUUUAAUGGUGUCUUUGAUGAUGGCAAACAAAGGCUUCGGUGGGGCAGGGAAGGUUGCACUUACAACAUCUAAUCGACGAUCUAAAAUUCCAAUGAAGGAAAGAAAGAGCCCUUGGCGGAGGUUAAAUUGUUGUAGUUUUUAAUCUUUCUAUUUUUCUUUUUCUUGUGAAAUUCCCAGGCUCUUCUUUCGGUAAUCUGAGUCGCUUGCAUGAUCUUUUUUUUUUUUUUUUUGUUUCCAAAUCAGUUAGGCUUUGUUUAGGUUAAAAAAGAGAUCAGGAAAAGAAAUAUUUGUACAGAUUGAUGAAGCUGUGCGUCAUUAAGAUUGUAAGAUUAGUAUGCCACGUUCGUGGAUUCUAGUUCUUGAAAAAUGAGAGUACAUACCGUCUGUUCCCUCCAAUUCUGUGCUGCUUUCCC